ACCUCCUUCAUACCACUGCAACCACCAUGACUUCGCAACUCUCUCUCACCGGUCGAGCGUGUCAUCAGAUUCAAAACAUUGUCUUGCCGGAUUGAAAGCAUGCGCCGCGGCAUGCAUGCGAGAUUUAUCGAUAAGCUUAUCUACCCCGUUACCCGGCCAUCCCCCGACGACCAGAUCUUUGUAUAACCAGGAUUGAGACUUCCCAUCCUUGAUUGACUGCAGCUCAAGAUCCUACCGCACUCGCGUUUCGACGAAUUACUGCUGCGCACGCCUUUGUAGUUGACUCUCAGGAAUAACUUCCCACGACUAGCAUAUCCAUGAAGCUGGAUGAGAAAACAUGGCAGAUCUAUUGCCCAAAUUCAAAGUAGCAGACCCACACGUCCGCGCUGUCAGUCCGCAAGGCAGACGCGACACAGGAAAACACACCAACAAAGGAGAGUUCACCAAUGGCAAGCUUGUCAUGCACGUACGCAGUCCUACUUCACCCACGGCGCCUUCGAACGAAGCACAAAACGGAAAUGGUAGCGAAGAAAAGAGCUCGUCUGAAGCGGCCAUAGAUCCACUUUCGCAACAAAUCCUCAAAAGGACAAAUACAUCUCCUGCUAUACAGAAGCUGCGAGCACAGCACACAGAACCAUACGCGACGCAUUCGCAAACGUCGCUCCAUGAAGCAACUCCGGACAAGAAGCACAGCGGUGAAGUACCGCGCGAUUUGAGUGCAAGUGCAAAGGCAGACAAGAAGAAGGGCGUUUCAUUUCUUAGUCGCUUCAUUGGCAACAAAAAGAAGACUGCCCUCGAUGGUGCAAGUGACAAUGGCUCCGAGUUUGACGACUAUCGACCUGAGGGCAUGGAUGCGCAGCUUUACGUCGCUAACUUCGGCUUCAGCCCAAAGCACCCGCAACCACCCGCAUACAUCAAAGUGCGCACCAAGUUCAAGUCCAAGAAAGAAUUCGAUCGCGUGUUUCUGGCACAGGAGCUACGCUCAGGCGCCGACAAGAACAGCGCCCCUGCUGCAGGGUCUAAUCCAGUCCCCCAGUCCGGAUCGGCGGCGACCAAAAACCCCAUAUGGGCCACCGAGUUCAGCAAGGAUGGAAAGUAUCUUGCUGCUGGUGGGCAGGACAGAGUCAUCCGUGUAUGGGCGGUAUUGUCGAAUGCAGAGGAGCGCAGAGCGCAUGAAAAAGAUGAGAGCGAUCCCGCAGGCCAGGCGAAGCAUCUCAGCGCACCAGUAUUCCAGCAAAAGCCCUACCGAGAGUACAAUGGCCAUGCAGCAACCAUCUUGGAUCUGAGUUGGAGCAAGAACAAUUUCCUACUGUCUUCGUCAAUGGACAAGACCGUACGUCUUUGGCACAUUAGCCGCGACGAGAACUUGUGCACGUUCAAACACUCGGACUUUGUCCCAUCCAUUCAAUUCCAUCCCAUGGACGAUCGAUUCUUUCUGGCUGGUUCUCUUGACUCGAAGCUUCGCUUGUGGAGUAUCCCGGAUAAGAGUGUUGCAUACUCGGCCUCAGUUCCCGACAUGAUCACGGCUGUGACAUUUAGCCCUGAUGGCAAGACCUGCAUAGCAGGGACAUUGGGUGGUCUCUGCAAUUUCUACGAUACUGAAGGCUUGAAGUGGCAGGCUCAGCUACAUGUGAAGUCAACUAGAGGGCAGAACGCGAAAGGCAGUAAGAUUACCGGACUUCAAGCAACAUACUGGCCUCCCGGUAGCGAAGCUGGCGAGGUCAAGCUUCUAGUCUCGAGCAACGACUCCCGUCUACGAGUCUACAAUAUGAAAGACAAAAGUUUGGAUAUGAAGUUCAAGGGUCAUGAGAACAACUACAGCCAAAUACGAGCAGCAUUCGUUGACAGCUCUGGACACAUCAUCUGUGGUAGCGAAGAUCGUAAAGCCUACAUAUGGUCGACGAGCAUUCCAGAAGGAGAUAAGAGGAAUCAGCGACCCCUGGAGAUGUUCGAAGCCCACGACUCCAUCACAACGUGCACAGUGUUUGCUCCCCUACAGACACGACAACUGCUCAGUGCUUCAGAGGAUCCAAUAUACGAUAUGUGCAACCCACCGCCUGUCACACUUGUGUCUAGAGCUGAGUCUGUUCACUCUUCCCGAGCACCUACAGAAGCUGGAUCAGCACACCCAAUGCCAGCACCGAACCAGAAUCUGUUUCCGAGAGCAAACGAAACCCCAGCAUAUCUCGCGCGUUGCGAACACCAAGGCGGCAACAUUAUCAUCACUACCGACUACAAAGGGUCACUGAAGGUUUUUAGGCAGGAUUGCGCAUAUGACGAACGCGUACGGCUGAGGGACACCUGGGAAACAUCAUCUAAGAUCGGGCGCCCAAGCAGCAUCCUAUCACGAACCAGCCGAUCCAGACAAGACAGCGUAUCGACGCAACCACCAAAUGACCGCAUAAUGACAUGGCGACAGAGCAUCUCACAUGGUAGCUUCGACUCAACUGGAUCCAUACGUCGAAAAAGUGGUCGCAGCGUUUCACCUCGCAAAUCUAUGGUAGCUCUUAGCCUGAACUCAGCACGAGCACCUGACUUCUCAGCCCUUAAUCCCAUGAGGUCUCAUGACACUACGAACUCCGAACCCACAGGCACCCCAAAGACCUCGAUGUCCAUAGAUCGCACGCCCGGACAGAGUGCAUCUCAAUCUGAAAUCUCAACACCAUCAGGCAUAAAUGUCCCAGAACCAUCCGAGUCGUCUGAAACCUCUGAGCGACCUGAACAUGAAAGCCAUCCUUCCAUUACGAACCCACUCGCCAUCAUCAAUGGGCAGAGCUGGUUUUUUUGGACGAGCAAAGGGGAUCAUAACAAAAGUCAAAGGACGCCGCUGGAUCCACGCGCAAGCCAGGUCAGCCAGGUCAGUCAGAUUAGUCGUCUGACCAGUGAAAUGAGCGAAGGGAGAAGCGAGAACGGCGAGGAGACGAAGAAUGAGGUACGAAAGUGCACGCGUUGUGGAAGUGAAGAGUUUGAGGUUGCUAGUAGGGGUUUGCGACAAUUUGGAGGACGGGACAAAGCUGGGGAGAAGAUGACGAUUUGUAAGAGGUGUAGAGAUGUGGUUGAUUAGGUAGCUAACGAGGUCGACCUGGUAUCAGGAUACGCCGACCAUGAGAACAACAUCAUAACGUACCUCAC